AUGGGCUGCUCAAAGGUCUUAAUGUCGCUUGCAUUGUGUCUGCGGCGCGGAGGACUGGUCUCAUGGGCUCUCGAGAAUGGCGCAAGACCAGACGAUCCAAUGCUUACUGAUCCAUAUCGAUGUCCCCCGUUGCUCGACACCGUAGCCCGCAGAGGCUCUGUGGUCUCAUUCAAAUUACCUCAAUCUAAAGGAGCCAGGCGCGGGCUUCGAACUCUCCACUCUGCUGUAGAUACUGCUUUUGAUGUCAGUGAAUCACGAAUAGAGAUGGUCAGAAAUCUUGUUGAUGAUCUCAACCUCAUCGUGAAUGCUCUUGACGGCCCAGAAGAGUCCCAAACCGCUGGGGUACUCCACUCUGUUAGGCAGCAAGGCGGUCAGGCGGCGGCAAUGAGAAUGUCGUUCGCUUCUUGUUGGAAAAGGGAGCUGACCCGAGAAUACGAAGGACUGUUCAUCGCAGUGCAACAGAGUUAG